AUGGUUUCUAGAGGAUCUGAAAAAUAUGAAGAUGAAAAUGAUUUUAUUGAAUUUAUCAGUAAGCAUAGCGGAUGUAAUAAUAGCGUAACAGAUUACGAGCAUACAACAUUUUACUUUGCAUUGGGUGGUAUUCAAAAGAAACAAUUGUCAUCAGCACUUGAUCGCUUUACUCAUUUUUUCAUUAAGCCCUUAAUGAAAAAAGAUGUCAUCAAACGGAUGACAGAGAUUGUAAAAGAAGACUUGCAGUUGUCUUCAUCUUCAUAUGAUACGCCCAGAAGAAAUCGAUUAUUAUCGUCUUUCGCACCAAUUGGACAUCCAGUCAAUAAAUUUCCAUUGCUUUAUGCAAUGACAAUGAAUUAUGAUAAUGAUGAAAGCAUAGACAAAUUGUACGAUGCACUGCACACUUUUAGAGAGCGCCAUUACAGCGCUCACAGAAUGAAACUAGUUAUACAAGCGACAUUAUCACUGGAUACAUUGGAAAAAUACGUUAAAAGGUUCUUUAUUGAUAUACCAAGUAACUGGCUACCUCCUGAUGACUUUACCAAAUUUACAAGCAAUGAUUAUCUUAAUAUUAAUAAUUUCCGAAAAAUAUAUAAAAUUAAACCUUUCAAAAAUAUUUGCCAUCUACAAAUAACGUGGGUUAUGCCUUCAUUACUUCAUUUAUAUAAAAGUAAACCACAUAAUUAUAUAUUAUGGAUUAUUAAGCAUGAGGGAAAAGGUUCCUUAAUCAGUUAUCUACUUAAGAAACGAUGGGCUUUCGGUUUUGUACAUGAUAAUCCUGACGAUGAUUUUGAACAUAAUUCUAUAUAUACAUUAUUUAAUUUUACUAUAAAUCUCACCCAAGAGGGAUUACAGCAUGUGAGCAAAAUUCUAGAUGUGAUAUUUUCAUUUAUUAAUUUACUAAAAAGUAAAGGUCCGCAGAAAAGAAUUUAUGACGAGAUUUAUAAGAUCACAGAAAAUAAGUUUAGAUUGUUAGGUAAUAAUGAUUAUGUAGACUGUUUGUGUAAGAAUAUGCAUUUGUAUCCACCGCGCGAUUAUAUAACUGGAAAGCAGAAUUACUUUGAGUACGACCCAGAAGCUAUACAAAAUUGUUUGUAUUAUUUGAUGCCAGAGACCGUGAAUAUCAUGAUUUUCGACAAAAAUUUAUCGGAAUCUGAUCAUGAUCAAAUACCAGAAAACUGGAUCGAACGCUGGAGAUCUAUUGAACCAUUACCAGAUUUUCAUUUACCAUUUUUAAAUGAAUCACUUACUAGCAACGACGAUGCAUUAUUUAAAAUAACUCGGAAUUAUCCUAUAAAAUUAAUUGAAAAUCGUUUAUUGGAGAUUUGGUAUCUCCAAAAGAUAGGGCCGAAAUGUUAUAUAAAUUUCCAAUUUAUUGCUUACCCUCUGGGAUUUCAGUCGCCAAAAACUGCAGCUUUGAUGAAAAUGUAUUGCAAUGUAUUUAAACAAUUAUUGCAAACAGAAUUAUUUCCGGCUAUAAUGUCAGAUAUUCACUAUGAUAUCACUGUCAGUGAAAAAGGUAUUAUUAUAAAAAUGAAUGGAUUUAACGAAAAACUGUUGAAGUUUCUGUCAAUUGUUGCAACAUACAUGACGAAGUAUUCAACUGUUGUUAAGAAGAACUUAUUUGAAUCCGUUAAAGUGAAACAACUUGAAAUAUGUUAUAAUAAAUUUACGAAACCUGAAAAACUCAUUAAGAACGUGAAAUUAUGCAUACUAAAGGAAACUAUCCAUUAUACACAUAUUGAUACAUACAUUGCUCUACGUGAUAUUAAUUUUGAAGAAUUCCAAAAAUUCGUGAAAUCUUUCACCGAUUGUCUGUACAUUCAAUGCUUCGUGCGAGGCAGCAUAUUGCGGGAUACUGUGAUUAAUGCUGUAAAGCAAUAUGUCAAAGAGAUAAAUUGUUCUCCAUUAGUCCUUAGUGCGACAUCGCAGACAGAAAUCACUCAGAUACCCUUGGGCACAUCCUAUUGCAAAUUAAAAAAUAUCGACAAAACUGAUGUAAAUUCAGUAAUAACAAAUUAUUAUCAAGUCGGUAUCAAGUCGAUUGAAUUAUCUGCAUUACUUGAUGUGAUAAUUAAUAUAAUGCUAGACAUAUUAGAUGAUGAUUCAUUCUUUCAAGAACAGUUUGAUGAUGGCGACAUCUGCGUCCGUCGAGAUGACAAUGAAAUUUUAGGAUUUUCUAUUACCGUUUAUACUGAUGAGACACAUAAACAUACAAGCAAGUACAUGGACCAGCUAAUCGGGGAAUUUUUGAAAAAAAUUAUUAAAGUAUUAGGAGAGUUCUCACAUGAUGAUUUUAAUAUUACCAAGAAAUCACUAAUAAAAGAAGAACGGGAACAAUUAACCGAUAUCAUGUUUCCGGAAAACGAAGUCGAUAGAAACUGGAAUGAGAUUAUGAAGCAGCAAUACAUGUUUGAUAAAUUUGAGAAGAAAAUAGUUGCAAUAAAUAAUAUAAAACUCGAUGAGUUACGAAAAUGGUUUGCAUUGAACGUACUGAACGAAAGUAAUUUCAGAAAAUUAAGCUUACAUGUUGUAGGAACUGAUCCAAAGGAAGUAAAAACCACAACGGAUUCUAAUAAAAUACAAGAUUUUGUUUUGGAAUAUAUAAUUGACGAUCAGCAGGAAACUAAAAGUAAUUAUAUCACGAACAUAGAACAAUAA